GCUAAGACUUUCUUCAUGCCAUACUGUGGUCUUAGUGGGUUCUUUCAUCUUUGUUCUGUAGAAGAUUCUAUGAAUGUUACAACGCGAGAUCGGAAUAAUAUCAUAAUGAAGUAUUUCCUUUCCUUCAUUAUUCUUCUAUUUUUCAGUCCACAUCAAAUUUCAGCUAAGAAACCUCACAUCAUUCUCAUUGUAGCAGACGAUCUUGGUUGGAAUGAUGUUAGUUUCCAUGGCUCGAAUCAGAUUCCAACACCUAAUAUAGACAGUCUUGCCUAUUCUGGAAUUAUCUUAAAUAAUUACUAUGUGGACGCUAUAUGUACACCCAGCAGAAGUGCUCUUAUGACUGGUCGCCACCCAAUACACACAGGGCUUCAAGAGCAUGUUCUGGUUGGGGCAGCACCGUAUGCUUUAUCCACUAAAGAGAAGCUUAUCCCUGAAUAUUUAAACACCUUGGGGUACAACUCUCAUGCUAUCGGAAAAUGGCAUCUUGGUAGCCAUAAAAGAACUGUAACCCCAACAUUUAGAGGGUUUAAAAGUCAUGUUGGAUACUGGACCGGACAUGAAGAUUACUAUGAUCACUCUGCACAGGAGCUUUACCCACCAGUUGCUGGUUGGGGGUAUGAUUUCAGGAGAAAUAUGUCAAUUGCUUGGGAUGAUUACGGAGAAUAUGCUACAGAUAUAUUUACAAAAGAAGCCGUGAAGGUGAUUGCUAAUCAUGAUAAAGAUUCUCCAUUAUUCCUGUACUUGGCACAUCUUGCUGUACACUCAGGAAACACCUAUGCUCCACUACAAGCUCCCGAAGAUGCCAUAAAUAAACAUUCAUACAUUACAGAUACUAAUAGGAGAACGUUCUCAGGAAUGCUCUCCAAGCUGGAUGAUAGUGUUGGUGCUGUUGUGGAAUCAUUACAGAAGAAAGGGAUGCUUCAAGACAGCAUAAUUGUCUUUACAUCUGACAAUGGUGGCCCAGCGGCAGGAUUUAAUGAAAAUGCAGCUUCUAAUUGGCCGCUUAGAGGGGUUAAAGAUACUUUGUGGGAGGGAGGAGUUAGAGGAGCAGCUUUAGUUUGGAGUCCUCUACUAAAGACUGGACCUAGAGUAUCUGACCAGAUGAUGAAUAUCCAGGAUUGGUUACCAACUCUCUAUUCUGCUGCAGGUGGAGAUAGUUCCAAAAUAGAAAAUAUUGAUGGAUUAGAUAUGUGGACUGCUAUUUCAAGGAAUCUGCCAUCUCCCAGAAAUCUUAUGCUUCAUAAUAUAGAUGAGGAUAGACAUAUAUCAGCAGUAAGGGUAGGGGAUUGGAAGCUAAUGAAAGGAACCACCUAUUCUGGAGAAUGGGACUCAUGGUAUGGACCUAGUGGUAGAGAUGGAUAUAAUUACUCAAUGCAGGAUGUCAGAAACAGUAAGGUUUCUAAGGCUCUAGAGGGGAUUGAAAUGCCGUUGCAUGAGGAUAAAGUUUUGGAAAAGCUGAGAUCUGAUGCAACCGUAUCCUGCACUAAACCUGCAAACUCAGAACCCUGCAAACCAUUACAACAGGUUUGUUUGUUCAACGUUACAGCAGAUCCUUGUGAGUUUGAGAACCUUGUUUUCAAAUUCCCAGACAUUGUUAAGACCCUGGAUGAUACAAUUGAUCUGUAUAAGUCUACAGCUGUCCCACCAAGAAACAAGCCUUUAGAUCCACGAGCUGAUCCAAAAUACUGGGACUAUGCCUGGACCAACUGGUGUGAUUAUGUCGAGGAUGGUUGUGGAGAAGACGACAUUACUGAUGUGACGAAUGUAGUUUGGGAUCCACAGAUACAAAACUUGAUGAAAGAUGUCGUUCUACAUUAAGAUCAACAAGAAUGACACUGGAAUAUUACCUCAAGCCGCUGAUAUUAAAAGAUAAAUUGAUAAUUGUUUUUAUACAGAUGAGAAGGUUGUCCUGCCAUUAGCUUUAGGGUUACCCACAAAGAAUGAGACUUCAGAGACGACUGUACGUAAUGUAUACAGUCUGUUUCCUGAUAUUAUUGAUUCUCUGCAACUUUACACUUCUUUCUUUCUUUGUCAAAUUAUUAAUAAACCAUUUAAAGAUUACAAUCAAUACUUGGGUGCGUACUUGGGAUUGUCAUAUUUGAAAAGUUUCAAAUCGUCUUUACUGUCUCAUCCUGUGUUGGUAACUCUGUAGUUCUAAAACUAUAGUUGUAAUUAAUAAAGAGUGGAAGAAUUGUCCUUUUUAUUCUUUUUUGUUAAUUAAAAAUGUCUCUAAGGA